AUCCUGCCAAUCAGGUCAUCCAUUAAGUAUGUCAAUUCAAGUUCAGACUCAAGUCAGCAGUGGGGAGAAGAGCCAAGUGAUUAGACGGGCUCCAUUUGCAAAAGAAGAGGAUACGAGAGAGAGCCUCAGGCAACUCCGGUCCAUACAAGUCCAACCUGGCGUUCCGUUUUCCACCAUUUUCUCAGAUUCACUGACUUGGAGUGACGCUUAUCAUGUCCUUGCACUGGGAACCCUAAGCCCCAACUCCAGCCAUCUCUCUGCUUCCAUGUAUUGCUGUCUUCAGGUGCAGCCUUUCUUUUCCUAGGACAUGGUAUGAUCUCACUCCUGAGGAUGGAUGGCAAUAAGAAUCUUGUACAUAACUUUAUAUGCAAAAAACUAUCCCAGAAAGGCUUUAACCCAAGUUGCUGCAGUGAUGCAGAGCCUGGACUACUGUUGAAUGGAACCUCACCCACUGUCCAGGCCAGUGCCCAAGAUGCUGAACCCCCACAGGGCGCCAUGCCUGAAGAUGUGCUACAAGCGCUGCUAGAAGCCACAGAAGAGUUUGAGUUGAGGUAUCGAAGGGCAUUCAGUGACCUCACCUGCCAGCUACACAUUACCUUGGACACUGCUUAUCAGAGCUUCGAGCAGGUGGUGCACGAGCUGUUCAGGGAUGGCAUAAACUGGGGACGCGUUGUUGCUUUUUUCUCUUUUGGGGGGGCACUGUGCUUUGAAAGUGCAAACAAGGAAAUGGAAGUUCUGAUACCUAGGAUUAUCGAGUGGAUGGCCACCUAUCUGGACACAGCUUUAGGACCAUGGAUACAAGCAAAUGGAGGCUGGGAAGCUUUUGUCAGCCUGUAUGGAAGCGAUGCAGCAGCUAAAUCCAGAAAGAGCCAGGAACGCUUCGGGAAGUGGCUGCUCACUGGAGUGACACUGGCUGGAGUCGCCCUGCUUGCGUCCUACAUUAUCCACAGAUAGACCUCCACCCACUGGAGCCAGAGAAGAGUGGAAGGAAGGGAAGAGUCUUCAAUGUUGACCCUUGACAAAGAAUGUUGUAAUCCAGUUCAUUGUACAGGGUGUCCCAACAACAAUGCAAAAAAUCUAAUAAAAAAAACCCGGGACUCCCUGAAGCCAGGCACAGAAUCUUUGUUAACCCUUUGUUAUCCAUUAUCUGUAUUUCAAUUGUUUUUUUUUUGUCCCUGUUUUUAAUGUGUUUCCUUGUCCUGAAGGCUUGCAUGGUUGAUCCACAGUGCACUGCAAACCCUGGGAGUACACAAAUAGUAGUAAGGGGAUCUUCUACCAUAUCUCCUGUGAAAAUGGAGGUGACAUGGGAAUGUUCCACUUGGGCCCAUCCCUGUACCUCUUUUUAUUGUUGGAGCAGCCAUUGUUUUCAGUAGUCAUUCAGUUACCUAGCAGUGGGACCACCCACCUAUUGGACAUCUUCAAGAGCUUGUGCUUAAGAAGAGAGGGAGGAUCUUUAGUGAAAGCAGCCUGUUUAAGCUUAAAGGGAUUGUCCACCUAACUUGGAGCAGCUACACCAACUAGGCAGCCAUCGGUUAUGAAAAAGAUAAAACAGAAAUAGACUGAUGCACAUCUAAGCGCAAUUAUCCUUUUAGGAGAUAGUAUGUACAAUGUAGUUAAAGGUUUGCUGACCUACUAGUGUUGUACUUUGAGCACAACACCAUUGAAGACUUGAUACCACUGUCUGUGGUGCAAAGGAGGAGUGCAGCCGGCACUGGUCCCGUUCUCAGCUGGCAGAGGACGGUCUUGAGAAAUAGCAGAUAGGGGAGAAAAAUUCUCCCAAAAAUGGUGUCUUCUGUGGCGCUCUCUUCUGGAAGGUCUGUGUCUUGAUUUGGGCAAAUAACCGACCAAAUACGGACUUUAAAAAUCAAGAAAUAUGUAUUCAAAGCAU